CUUGUUAUAAAUAAAUAAUAUAUAAAUAUGAAGCAAUCUUCUUUUGAUCUUCCUACAGCUCCUGCAAUGAAACCAAGGAAAGUUGACCUUGCCAAGAUACCAGAGAACUCCAAUAUUGCAGGAUUUGAAAACUGAUUUGAUUUCUUGAAGGAUGAGAACUUAUGGAAAAAGUACAAAUCUACCAACCAAAUCCCAUGAUUAUUUCAAAGCAAUGAUUUGCUUGGAGAUGAUGGAAAGAGCACUUCCCAGAUUACUAAGCCACUUCAAAUUGAGUCUUAUUCUCCUAUUUUCUGCAUCGAAGAAGACCAAGAAAUGGAGGAUAAAGUCUCUAACUCUGAUGAAUUCAUGUCAGAGGGUAGCCAAGAAAGUCCAGAAAUAGGAUCACAUCACCCUAAAGCACCCUCAUCAAGACCUAACAGAUUCCACAGCACAAAGGCGACUCCUUUCUUCAGCAUGCUUUCCAAGAAGAAAAUCCCUCAGCCCUAAGCCACAUGGUUAUCAGUAAAAGUCAAGAGUACACUAAAAUCAUGCCCUAAUUAAUUACUAAGUCUUAUUAAAGCCAGGAUUGUCGCUAGGAAGAGGCUGAUGAGUGGAAAUAGU